AUGUGGCAACUCCUCGUCACCUGGAUCCUCCACUUAGCCCAGACCAUCGCCGUAACGCAGCACAUGUUCCGUCAAUGUCGCCGUCGGCCACUCUGGGGCUAUCUGUUUGUCUGGAUCAUCACCAACCCUCUGCUGUGGUACUUACCACUACCCGACGACUUUCGAGCAGCAACACGGUCAUACGUCACUUACCUGGGCGACCUUGUCCUCUCGGCUCCGUGGAAAAUCAGUCUUCUCGUAACCGGACUCUGCCUCCUGCUCACACUCAUCACGUAUGCGAUGGGCUCCAUGACGGUCCAACAGCUCGACGACAGGAUCACGCGACUUGCCAACGAUGCGAUUGACGAACAAUUCCAACAACUGAAUACGGAAGCCGGCGCGUCGGGUCUGGAAGUUGUUCUCGAGCGGAAAGUUAAGCAAAUCAUUGCUUCUUAG